AUGGUCGAGCAGAAUAACCGCGAUAUCACCCCCGGUCCCAAAGGCAAGGGCAAAGAAGCUUCCGCAGCCCCUCCCUCCGAUGCCCAUACGGCUCCCGAGGAUGAAAGAGCUCUACAUCAGCAAAGUGACCGAGAUGCACCCCCCAGUUCCUCAUUUGCUUCACGCCUCACGGCAUCUGCAGCCAGCCUUUCUCGCACCGCUCUAACACCUUCGUCUGCGACCGAAAACAUUCGCAAUGGAGCUACGAGAGGGAAACAUUCACUCGGAACCACCUCCACCUCUGCCCAGGGCUCCGGAAGCUACAGUGAUACUGCAAUGUAUCGUAGCUCAAACAGCUUGAACCCCGGCAUCGCCAUGGGCUUCAAUUCGGCAACGGGUACAUCCACCGCCGGUGAACAGCAGUACGACGAAUUCAUGGACACUCAAGCUCAAGCGGUCUUCGAUGACCCCUCCCGACCUCAGAGCUCAGCUGAGGUUCAGGAGAGCAACUCCGGGCCGGUCCUCGUCAGCGAAUACAAUCAACACAUGCCUUUGUCAUCAGGCAUCAAGUCCGACUUCCAACAACAAGAGGCUAGAGACGGCCAAGGUGUUGUUGAACUACUUAAUUCUCUCGAUCUGGACGAUUUUGACGGAAUCGACGAUGACCUGCAGACGUAUAUAUCCCCACAAGAAGAAUUAUCGUUAAAAAGGGCCCUUUUCGACGAUAACCAUGGAAGACCUACCUCCAAUUGGACCCGUCUUCUCGACUUCGAGCCUCAAUUCCUCGGCGGAGGCGAUCUCACUGAGUUAUUGCAGCAUUUUGGCGUGGCCGAUGUGCAGCAAGCCAGAGCCAUGUGGAUGGAAAGUUGGAACGAUGUGCUUACCAGCUACACGGACGAAGUUUGGGGUGACCUCGGGUCCCUCGCCCGAGAAGCGCACCGAGAAAUUGAAGAGGCGCGCGAACAUGGGACAGGAGCCACGACAGGCCCCGGCGAGAUGCAGGCGCUUCAACGACUCAGACAGAUUCUAGCCCAUGUUCGAGGCCAUUAA